GGUAAGGCGUACCAAGACCAGGCUUGGAGAAGCAACUCCAAACCUUCUUCUCAGGUCUCUUUUCUCUACAUUCCUAGUCUCUCCUUUUCAAUCUAGAUAGGACCAAUAACUUCGGGUUCAAAUCCAAGAGGCGAAGUAGAAAAUGGUCGGAGCCUCACACAGUCCCGGCGGCGUCGCCGCCAGAUCUGACAGAACUGCGACCAUCAAGUUUCUCUGCAGUUAUGGAGGCAGGAUCCUUCCUCGUUAUCCUGAUGGCAAACUCCGUUAUCUUGGUGGUGUAACUCGUGUCCUCGCCGUCGAUCGUUCCAUUCCUUUUUCUGAACUGUUGUUGAAGCUGGAAAAGUUGUGUGGAACAUGUGUGAGUCUUCGUUGUCAAUUGCCUUCAGAGGAUUUGGAUGCUUUGGUAUCGAUAACCUCCGAUGAGGACCUAGCGAAUCUCAUCGAGGAAUACGAUAGAGCAGCCUCGCCGUCUUCUUUGAAGAUCAGAGCGUUCCUUUCACCGCCUAAAUCCGUGAAAGAAUUUCCUCUCCCUUGUUCGUCGUCCUCUUCAUCACCGUCGUCCUCAAAACCUUCUUCUCCGACAACUGCUAUAUCCUCUCCAAGGGCCUCAACCCAGGUUCCUGACUAUUGUAUCCAUCAGAUCCCAACGCCAGUGAGGUUUUCGUACCGCCUGAAGAAGUCACCGGCGAAGGAUCUAAGAGACCAUCGCAUUGGAUCAAACAAAAUUUGAAGACACAAGGAGCUACGGCUGCGAUUCUGCCAUUGGAUGUACAUGCGAAGAAAAUCUGCCAUUCUCGGAACCAGAGGUCUACGAGGUCUGUUUGCUCUGUUUUCUGUACCGAGAGUUUCAUUCGCAAUCACAGGUAUUCCUUUCUUCUUUCCCAUUCAUUUUGAAUAAAGUAACACAAGAUAAUACUCUGGAAAAUUUUGGGUAGAAAUAAAAUUAAAAAAGUAAAGACCUACAAAUAGGGAAUUGUGGGGGAAAGACAGCAGUAAUAUGGUAGUAUUAGGAGCAAGUUGCAGGCUUCUAUGGCGUGGCCUUGACAAUGAGGUUUGGUUUGUUUCUGUGUUUGGAGAUUGGAGGAAAAGUCCAUGAGUGGACAACAGGGACAAUGGCUGAAAAUGCACUGGGGACCAUAUUGAGAUCAGUUUGACAAAAAAAAAAAAAAAAAAAAAAAAAAAAAAAAAAA